AUGGGGCAGAAAGAUGAUUUAUUACUUGAUUCGGAUGAUUCCGAUAUACCUGAUCUUGAUUUACCUACUGCAAAUAUUCGCAAAGAAAGGUCAAGACAACGCCAAAAUACAGGAGCAGUAAUCUUGAGACAGCACACUUGCAGCGUGCAAAUUGCACUGAUAUUAUUACUUUCCGCUAUUGUUAUUGCUAUUGCUUUUCUAGGCUUCUUUAUUUUGUAUAUUUCGUCGCAGCUGGAACAAUUGCGCAAUGAUCCGAGAUAUGAGGUUGUGACUCGAGAAUUGGAAAUAAUUAAAUCUGAAAUGAACAGGAUUAAAUUAGAUAUCGAUAUGCUACGUUUGAUGACCUCAUCGUCAGACACACCUACUUGGAACGCAUCCUCAUUGCUGUAUACUCGACUAGAGCACAUCGAAACACAAAUUAAUGGUAUUGCUGACAAAGUACAGGAACAAAUCAGUGUGGUAGCAAAUGCUUGCAUUCAAGGAUGUGGGGUCGUUUCGAAGUUGGUUGUAUCUAAUAAUGGGACGAAAUAUACCCUCGAUCCAAACGGCGAAAAAUUAAAAAAGAAGCGUUCUAAGGUACCUCAGUGGUUUUCUACUCGUGAUAUUCCUGUUGUAUUCACCAGAGCCAAGCAUGUAUAG